AUGACUUCAAUUUGGCAAGCGGCGCUCAAGGAGAUCUUUGCACCUGAUGGAUUCCAGCUCGAGUACAUUGGCUGUGUGCUCUCGCGACCGGGAGAUGUCGAUCAGAACUGGCACUUGGAUGGCGUUCACCGGAACCAGCACGUCCAAGAACCUGUCAAUCGUCUCAACGUAUUCGUGCCGCUCGUAGCCAUCACGCAUCAGACUGGAGGCACCGAGAUGAAGAUCAGGUCACACCUUCAUGACAACGGAGCUCUUGGGACGGCUUUCGAAGGUUACGCACACUUGCCAAGUGCCACAGCGUGUGUUGAUGCGGGGACGCCUAUCAUCAUGGACUAUCGCGUAUGGCACCGUGGGUUGGCAAACGCGAGUCAAGACACUGUGCGCCCUCUGCUCUAUUUCAAAUACGCGAGGCACGCAGCACGAGAAGCAACCCCGAACUCAGCUGUCCUAACAAAGAAGAGGAAGAGGAUCACGCCAACGGUGGUCUGA